AUGCAGUGCCCCGCCGCCGCCGCCGCCGCCGCCGCCCAGGCCGACCCGUGGCUCCCGGCGAGCGACUCGCCGUCCGGGCACCUCCGCAUGCCCUCGGCCCUGCGCACGGUGCAAAUCGUCGAGCGUGUGGAUCUCACCUCGGCGUUGACGGUGAGCGCCGGGGCGGCUCUUCUGCAGCCGCCGGCAGUCGCCUCGGCGACCCCCGCCGGCUCGGCUGCCCUGUACACCGACCGGUCCAUCGGUCCGCCGGUGGCACUUGGCAGCCCGCCGGAUGGUGGGCUGGACCCGGCGCGCGAUGCCGGCCCCCCGGCCGCCGAGCCCGGGGCCUCGGCCGAUGGCCAGCCAGCCUCCAUUUUGGAAUACGGCCCGGUGACCUCGGUGCUGGUGCUUUCAUCGGGGCUCGUGUGCAUCGGCACUCUGGGAGGACUGCUUCUGUUCAUUCGCCUGGCGGCCGGCCAGGAGCCCGGUGUCCCACCGGCGCGUGAGACCGCCGGCGCUGAGCUUGUGUGUAUUGCCCGUGGCCUCGGUAGUGUGAUGUGGAUCGGCGAGGUGGCGGCCUUCGCCUCGUACCCGCGCUCCAUGCUGGCCAUCUCGGCCGAGGGGCGCCUCUAUGUUUUCCCCCUGUCGUACUACGAACUGGACGAUGCGGCACGCCUGCCUGCCGGCCACUUGCGCCUGCUGGUCCCCGCCUCGUCGGUGGCCGUGCCGCUGAACAUCAUCCGGGUGCAUGCUCAACGGCACUAUGCGCCGCCGGCUGAUGUGGGCCCCGGCGGUGCCGAGGCCGACGGUCCGCCAGGCCCCGUCGACCCUGCGAGUCUCCUUGAGGCCAGCGUCUCGGUGGACUUGCUGCCCGUGACAGCCACCUUGUCCACGGUCCUGGUGGCAGUCACCUCCGAUGGGUCGGUCAUCCGGAUGAAGUUCUCCCGGAACGCCUCGGCCUCGGCAUUGGCCGGCAGCGCCCCGCCCGUGUCCGCCAUCUUCGAGACCCUGUCCGGAGUGAACACCUCGCACUUUUCGGUUGCCCUGGCGCGCGAGCGUGUGGUCCUGGUCAGCCGGAACCGGCGGUACCUCGGCCGGGAGGAUGGCCCGCCGGGGGACAGCUCGCCAUCCUCCCGCGGGGCGCCGGAACAGACAACCUUCAUGCAGGAGCACCUGAAGCAGCACUACACCGAUGCGCCGAUGGUGGUGGAGCUGGCCCCACUGCUGCCGGUCCCUUUCUCGCCGGAGAUCCUGUCGCACGCGACCACUCCCCGAACUGGGGCCAGCUUCGGCGGCUCGCCCGGGCUCGGGGGGCCUGGUGUGGGCCGGGAAUUCCCCUCCCCCGGGAGCACGUCCUCCAGUUCGUCGGUGGCCACGUCGGCGCCCUGCUCGCCGGCCACCUCGGCCGGGUCCGGCCUGCCAGGCGACUUUGAGGACAGUCUGCCCGGGAGCCCGCGCGCCGGGGCCCGGGCCUGGACCCCGGACGGGGGUGCCUCGGACCAGCUACUGGGAUACGAGACGACCGAGCCCGGGCAGGACACCGAGGCGGGUCUGGCGGACGGCAGCCGCACCAGCAGCAGCAGCAGCAACAGCCGCAGCAACAACAACAACAACGACGCCGCCGCCGGCGCCGACGGCAGCAGCGGCCUCGGCCUGUCGAGCUACGGGCUCGGCCCAGACGACAUGGACCCGGACCAGGCGGACGCCGUCCUGCCGGACACCACCCAGCGGGUGUGCAUCAUCCCCCCGUGGGUUCUCUCCUGCCGGUCGAAGGCCGACAUGUUGAAUUCCCCCUCCAUGGCCACGGAUGACAGUCUGCCGGCCGAGCGUCUGAUCGGGGCUGUGGUCAGCGCGUCGCUGGAUGGCUCGCUGGCGGUCCACGUUCCGGCGGCCGCCACCGCCCCGAGGCCCCGUCGGGAGAUGCCGGCGGCCACCACCGCGGCCGGGGUCCCUGGUAUGACGCCGGCCGGCGGUGCUCUCCCGGCCCUGGGCCCGGGCCCGGGCCCGCCGGCCAUGCCGGCCCAGUGGCCGGCGGCCUGGUGCUACUUCUCCAAACGGCCGAUCUUCUUCGUGGGCCGGCCGCCCCCGCGGUCGGAGCCGAUCCACAUCUCGGCGCGGCCGACCCGGCGGGACUCGGUGGCCGGGGCCGGCCCCGGGGACCCUCGACGCUCGGCAUCCCCGGGCCCCGGGAUGGACCGGCCGCCGCUGGGCCGCGCUCGGCGGCCAUCCCGCCUGUCGCAGCUCCUCUGCACGGCGGUCGCCCGUGAUGGGACCAUCUUCUUCCUGUACAUCCUGCCGCGGUCGCCGGGGCCUGCUCUGCCGAUGGGCACCACGGCCACCGGCGGCAGCAGCAGCCCCACCGAGCGCACCUCCGGCUCUGUGCCCCCGCCGCUGGACCCGAUCUCCAGCCGCGUGCUGGCCGUGCGCUUCGAGCUGGGCGCCGGCGUGGCUCUGGCAACCUGUGGCCGCAUCGGCGGCAAGGACGUCCUCAUUUCCAUCACACAGGCCGGCGAGGUGAUUGCCAUCUUCGCGCCGCCGGCCCAGCUGCUGGUGCUCGAGGGGGAGGACGCGCCAGGCGACGUGCCGGAGCUCGGCUGGUCCUUCGGGCCCGGCAGGGAGGGCAGCCAGUCCGGCCUUGGCACGGCCCCCAGCCCGCCUGGGCAGGGCCACCGGCCGGCCGAGGAGGCCCGGGCACAGCCGGAGCAGGAGGGCCCGCUCUCGCUGACACACGACGCCGGGCUCCUGCUGGAGGCGUCGGACCCGCAUCUGAUCGCACAGCUGGAGUCCCAGCUGGCGGCGCUGCAGGCGGCGCUGCAGCAGCGCGGCGACUCUGGAGUCUAGAACGUGGAAUUGUGUUCCGCCGGGGCGUCACAUGACCGCCGGAAUGUAAUUCUCUUCCCGCC